CUUCAAUUGCGUCAAUGCAAGAUAAUAUCUUAAUUUGCAUGACGAUGGCUAAGCUUUUGGAACACCCGUUUCACUCCGUCAGUGCUGUACACAAACUUAGACAGAGUAAAGGUCGCAUGGGGUAGUGAGAAAGUCCAAAAACAAGAGUGCGCAGAAAAAGUGACGUCCUGUCAUUUUAAUCCCAAUCGGUCGAAGAUGAGUGCUACAUCAUUUGGAAGUGUGGCAUCGAAUCCCGAUGGUGCUUCAUCACCUCUAACGUCAAGUAGUGGAGAAUUAGGGCCAAAACCAAAGAGAGAGGUUGCUCCUUUCAAUCUAAUUUGGUCGUUUGGAGUAAAUACGACAGUUGAUAUGAUCAAUCUCACAACAAAGGCAGAAUCGAGGGUUUUCUACGCCGUUUCGAACGCUCCCGUUUUGUACAACCUGACGUCGAAUACUCAACAUUUAUUACAGGGUCACAGGAAUUUGGUCAAUAGCAUAGCGUCUGAUAGUUCAGGUCGGUGGCUGGCCAGCGCCGAUAAAGGCAAGGAUAGCAGCAUUCUUAUAUGGGACAGUGCAGAAUUUCUCCCCGUGCACACUAUUUUUAACCCUCACUCCGAAUUUGGAACGGCACUGCUCGCGUUGAGCGGGAAUGCGAAGUACUUGGUGUCAAUUGGGAACGAGCCUAGGCCGCAGAUCAAAUUUUGGCUUUGGAGCUAUGGGGAUAGUGAUCCAAAUGAUGUUUUCACAUUGACUUCUUCAUAUGGAGCACCCUGUCGAAUUUGUUUCAACCCCAAUGUGCAAGAACACAUCUGGGUGGCCUUCCAAAGGCUGGUGGUUUUCUUGGAAUGGAAUGUUGAGGAAAAUAAACUGAAUCCGCCUGUGCUGCCAAAGGUUCGGAAGUCAAAAACUCACGGUCUGAUCACCGAUUGCACUUAUUUUGAAAAGUGCCAUCAGUGCGUUGCUUCGACUGCUCAAGGUGUGCUUCUCGUGUUCGGAAAUACCUACUACAAACGGGUCUACGACGAGCAUAAGCUGCAGAACGACAAGAUCUACGUUAAAGCAAUUAAAAUUUCGAAAGCCUGCAUAACGUGCGUCACAUCAGUCGAUGGAUUAUUGAUGACCGGUGAUGUGAAUGGCCAUCUUAAAUUUUACGAUGAUGCAGUUAGGAUAUUGUUUUGGUGCCAGAACUUUACCCUACCGGCAAUAACGUCCAUCUCGUUUAAUUUGGAGAGGCGGAAUUACAAACUCAAGGAUCCGCUCGAUUUUACUGAUCCUGUCUAUGAUGAUUUGGAUGCCGACGUAGAUAACUCGGACGAAAUUGAGCUGCUGUAUGCAAAUCUUGUUCCGAGCGAUGCAACUGUGCAAGCAUUGCCGUUUGUUGUCAGAAAUUUUCUAAUAGCUACUGACGAUGGAAGACUGGCGUCCGUUAAUUUUUUGGAGAACAAAUGCGAUUUUUUGAAUCGUCCCUUUAGCUCAGCAGUUACUGCCAUUGAUGCUCACGAUGAAUUACCCUAUUUGUGCCUCGGAUUUGCCCAUAGUACCAUUUGCUUGUACAACUACAUCUCCAAAGAGUUACUCGCUGAAGUGCAGCUGCACAAAAGUGCCACUGAUGCAAUUCCAGUUAGCUACCUUAAAUAUUCCCCUCAAGGACUUCAUCUAGCUUGUGGAAAGACCAACGGAAACUUGUGGUUCAUCGACCCCAUAAGCUUAUCACCAAAACCAAAGCAACCAAUAGAGUACACCAGCGGGGAAAUUAUCAAAAUAGUUUUUUCAGCAGACGCUCAACAUUGCGCGUUUUAUAACGCAAAGGCCAACAUCGUCAUCUUGAAGUACAGAAACCACGCGUGGGGUAUUCUGGGCAAAUUAAAAUCGCACUACAAGCCAAUCAGUGACAUCCUCUUUAGCCCAUAUUUACCUAGUCGGCUCUUCACCAUUGGAGAAGAUCGAUUUUUAAACGAAUACGACCUCGAUUACAGCGGACAAUAUGAGAUUGUGAUUAAGGAAUCGGAACGCAUUGAGCAGUGUGCUAAGCCAGUCUGUUUCAUUUAUCACCCAACUUCAAAAAACCGGAACAACAACGCGUAUUUAUUUAUGUGCGAUGAUCAGUUCAAGUUUAAAACGCUGAGCGACACUACAUUUAUGUGUCACAGAGUAGUACUCGGUCCUGCCUACGGCGAGUACGAGAAAUCGCCAAUCAACCAAAUUCGGCUACUCCCAGGAGACGAAGACAACUAUUUGGUCUACGCCAACGCAAACUACCUAGGCAUCCAAAUGUUUCCCCCCGACGGAAAUCCGCACAAAUACAUCGGCAUACUCGCGCAUCCAACGCAGCUGCUCCAGUUUCGAGUGAGCCACGAUGGGAGGUACGUUUUUACAAUCGGCAAAGACGAUAACUGCGUGCUAAUGUGGGAAACAAACACCAGAGCAGUCGACGUUACUUUUGAGCAAGGAGGUGGCGAGGUGUCGCCCUACCUCUGCCUAAUAGAGGGUGGUUUGCACGGUUGGCUGUUUAAGGAGAUGCAGGACCUCUUUUAUUACAUGCAAAUCCUUCACCAAGGCGAAGACACGGUCCUCCCUCGCGUUGUGGGAGAUUACAUUCCAGUCAGCGAACUUCCCGACCUCAUGCGCGCCUGCGGAUUCUAUCCGUCGGAAUACGACAUCGAGAACCUGAUAGUCGAUAUAAAAUAUCGCGAGUUUGACGACACGAACGUGGUAAAGGAGGAGGUGUCCUUUUUGGAAUUCGUCCAGCUGUACGUGAACUUUCGCCCUGCGCACGGAGUGUCGCUUGGGAUGCUCAAAGAGAAGUUUGAGUAUCUUUGCACGAUCGGCUGUGGCGAUGCCGACGAUUCGAAACCCGUUACCAUAACAAGAGAGAAGCUUGUCGCAGCAAUUUGCGAACGAGGUGAGGUAUUCUCACGCCACAAGGCAUUCUCGUGUUUGGCCACUUUGAUGCAUCACCGACGGAGACGUGCAAAUGGAGCGAGUGACAAUGACUUUUCCUUUCUUCCGUCAGUCAUAAACUUCGAAAUAUUUGUGGAAGAAGUGUUAGGAAUCGACAUGCAAAGGCAAUCAGUCGAAGAUCGAACUGUUGUCGUAAAUGACGAGUUGAAAUGUGAAUAA